UUUGGGGUUUGGCACCGGCCUCCUUCCCAGAGUGCUGCCCAAAUCCCGCUCCCAGGCAGCUAAUCAGAGCCACUGCAGCACGGGGGGAGAGCGCUGGAGCCGGGCUUGUCCAGCUCGCAGCUCUCCGCGUGCCUGGCGGGUCUGUCCGGCUGUCUGUGCGCCCGUCUGCAGGAGCGCUCCAGCUGCGGCUCAGCACAGCUCGCACCAUGUUCGCAGGGGGGCUGCUGGGGCUGCUGCUGCUGCUGGGCCCCGCGCUGCCGGCCGGGCCCCCGGCCCUGCGGAACGGUUUGGGUAUUCCUGCUUCCUGCCGGCUGUCCCAGGCUGAGUCGGAGCUCAGGUGCCACGUCCCAGGGGGGAAGCUGUGCAAUGACAGAGGCAGAUGUGAGUGUGGAGUCUGCAUCUGCCAAGUGACUGAGUCUGGCAAAUACUACGGCCCGCUCUGCGAGUGCCACGACUGGGUGUGUGAGACCUACGAUGGGAAGAUCUGCGCAGGCCAUGGAAAGUGUGACUGUGGGAAGUGCAAAUGUGAUGAAGGCUGGUAUGGUGAAGCUUGUCAGUAUCCAACUACUUGCAAUCUUACAUGGAAGAAAAGCAAUGAAAUGUGCAAGAAUUCUCAAGAUAUCAUCUGUUCUGGUGCAGGCACAUGUCAGUGCGGCAGGUGCAAAUGUGCAAACUCAGAAGGAAAUGGACUGGUGUAUGGCAAAUUUUGUGAAUGUGAUGACAGAGAAUGCAUUGAUGAUGAAACAGGAGAGAUUUGUACAGGCCAUGGAAAGUGUUACUGUGGAAACUGUUACUGUGAGGCUGGUUGGCAUGGAGAUAAAUGUGAAUUCCAGUGUGACAUCACCCCCUGGGAGAUCAAGAAAAGAUGCACAUCUCCAGAUGGGAAAAUCUGCAGCAACAGAGGCACAUGUGUAUGUGGGGAAUGUACAUGCCAUGAUGUUGACCCAACUGGUGACUGGGGAGAUAUUCAUGGAGAUACUUGUGAGUGUGAUGAAAGAAACUGCAAAGCAGUGUAUGAUAGAUACUCUGAUGACUUCUGUUCAGGUCAUGGACAGUGUAAUUGUGGAAGAUGUGACUGUAAAGAAGGCUGGACUGGGAAAAAGUGUGAACAUCCACGUUCGUGUCCAAUGUCAGUUGAAGAAAGUGCUAAGAAAUGCCAAGGAAAUUCUAAUUUACCUUGCUCUGGAAGAGGGAGAUGUGAAUGUGGCCAAUGCACUUGUUUCCCUCCAGGAGACAACAGAGUUCAUGGCAAAAACUGUGAAUGUGAUGAUCGACAGUGUGAAAAUGCAGAUGGCGAUGUCUGUGGGGGCCACGGUAUCUGCUCAUGUGGCCGAUGUAUUUGCCAGGAUGGGUGGUUUGGAAAGUUGUGCCAGCACUCAAGGAAGUGCAACAUGACGGAGGAGGAGAGCAGAAGUCUCUGCGAGUCAGCGGAUGGCAUAUUGUGCUCCGGGAAGGGUUCCUGCCACUGUGGAAAGUGCAUCUGUUCACCCCAGGAAUGGUACAUUUCGGGUGAUUUCUGUGAAUGCGAUGACAGAGACUGUGACAAACAUGAUGGUCUCAUUUGCACAGGUAACGGUGUUUGUAGCUGUGGAAACUGUGAGUGCUGGGAAGGAUGGAAUGGAAAUGCUUGUGAAAUCUGGCUGGGGAGAGAAUACCCUUAAUGAAGGAUGUCGAAGAUUGAGGAGGGUUUUUUUGUUUGUUUUUCUUUAGGCUGCUAGGACAUUUAAUUUCAGAAGUGUCUGGGUGUGGGUGUGCAUGAAUGCACACAUAAGUGGUUGUAAAUACCUUAGAACACAUUUGAGGAUCUGCUCAUUAAAGAAAUGCAUCAGAAAACUAAACAAGCAAGCAGGACAACCCAAGCUCUAGAGGGUGAAGUCAUAAAAUACUGGCCCUAUGGAACUUCUCCAGAGUUUUUUUAAAUUCAGUGGAACCGAUAUUAUACCUGUUGUGACUAUUUCUUUGAGCAACCUUAGGCAAAGGUAUAAGAAAACCGUUUUUUUAACAUUAUUUACUUGGUUGUCACAUCUCCUUAUCAGUAUGCACCUGUAGAAGAGUAGCACUAGUUGAAUAUUUGUCAAAUAAUUAGUUUGAUUUGUUUUAUGGUGUUUGAAAAAUACAUGAUUUGUCCCUUUUUUUUCUUUCCAAUAAUCCUGAUUAUGCACCAGCUCAUAAAAUGAGAGAAACUGUAAAGAAGCCUAUAAAAAUACUAAUGGUUUUUUAUUUGGUCAAAUAAUUGUGUCACUGAGGUCCAAUUACGUGACACCCCUAGACUGAAGACCCAAAAUGUUUGAAUGGAACCUUUUCCACAAGAGAAUUUUUAGUUUCUGUGGUUGAUAUGUCAGUAAGUUGGUUAUCUAAUCUACAUAUUACAAUACUUUCAAAUACAUAACCUAUAGAAACAUAAGGAAUGAAACUAAUAAAGAUAUAAAAGUGUGAUUGCCUAUUCUGCAUGUGUAUUCUGCAGCUCAGAUGUACUUCUACUGUACUGUUCUGUGUAUCUACAGUUGCCUCCUACAUGUAAAGCAAAGGAAAAUUUUUUAUUUUAGUAACUUUUAGGAUGAAAAUUCUGUCUACUCUUAGAAAUCACUGUUCAGGAUAGAUUGCCCUGUCACACGUGGAAUUCACUGAAUUUAACUGCUUUUAUAGAAGUGGAGAACCUGAAUGUCAACUAACUUGAAAAAACAUCUGUGCUAUGCUGUAGCUUGGUCUCAGCCAAAGAUGUUUGGACUAUGUCAACAAAGUAAUUAAAGUUCUAAUACAGUAAAUACAAACAAAGCAGUGGUAUGAACAAAAAUUUUAUUUUUAUUUUCCAAUGGUGAAAUGCUGCUCAGUGUGAAAUUCACAUUGAGUUAUGAAUGAUGCACAACUAUUGGGACUUCCCUAACUUAUUUACAUAUGAGUCUCUUAUUUUUUUGUACAUGUAGAUUUGGCAGCCCUUGAAUUCUUUAGAGCAAAAAAAAGAAAUAUACAUUUUAGUUUCAAAAGUGUUUACAUUUUGUGAAACCAUGAUUGAGCAAGAAAUUGAUUAAAUGGCUCAAAAAUACUUCUUUUAGAUACCAAACUUUAGCAUUGUGGUUUAGGUGCCAAGGUCUUGAUUUUUGAAGAGGCACAUGACUCAGAAAUAAUGGAACUAUGUAUUAACAAAAAAAAUGUAUUUCCAUUAUCGGUCUAGAAAUUAGUUUUCUUUUAGGAAGGACAGUUUUGAAAUAGGAAAAUACAAUGGUACAGAACAUGUAAUAGAAUGCAAAGUUUCAAAUUAAUUUAACUGCUCUAUUAUUCCCCCAUCCCAUAUAGCUUGCUAUUUAACUACCACUUUUUUUCCCCUUAACCUGGAUUCUUUCUUUCUUUCUAUAAAUGAAGCUCAUGAAGCCCAUGUUUUCAGGAAGUAUAAUUACCAAACAUCCAACUUAUAUAUAAGCUAUGCAGAUACAUAACUAGACAUACAUCCCAAAGCUGCUAGCUACUCUCUUAUCAGAUAACCAAAAUAUUAGGCAGAGUUCUAAACAGUAUUCAUAAAGUAUAAAGAAUCUUCAAAGUAAAAUUCAUCUUGAAAUUUUAUAUUUUAUACUUAAAACCCUUAAACUCCAUGGAGUUCAACAGGAAUAUUUUCUUAAGUUUUAGCAUAUAUGCAUUUUGUCAACCUUAGUGUCUGGGGAGCACAAAUUGUUGCUUUUAUUUAUAUUUAUGAAUAAGGAAUACCACUGACCUGAAUCAUCUUAUAAUCGCUGGGUUUUUUGCUUAUACAUUCAUCUGCUGAAUCAGAGUGUAAACAAUGAAGGAUACAAAGUUCUCCUUCCAUUCCUUCCAUUUGUACUUACUACUGUAUUAAGAAAAUACUAGAUAAUCAAAACUCUUAUCUGGUGUCAGUAGAUGCUUUUGACUUGUUUUGUGGCAUCAUAACAUAUUUAUAUAUACUGUAGAUCAGCUGUGGUAUUUCAGGUACUCAUUCAUAUAUAAAAGAACAAUUCUUUAGGUGGUUGCAGUGUUGUUGAUGCAUUUUACUUUGUCAUUUGCUUUAAUUUUAAAUUUAUAUACUUAAAGAGUAUAAAUUAAUUUUUAUUUCUAUUUAAUUUUUUUUUUUAAAAACCAAUCAACUCCAGCCUUUUGACUACUGGAUGAAUUAUGUAGCCAUAGCAUUUCAAAAAUUGUUAUUCAGGUUGUUUGUUAACUUACAUAUGGAAAAAAAUCAGAAUAUCUAAGACAGCUACUCUCAGUGGUUCAUGAAAAUGCAAUUGUCAAACAAAAUGGUGCUAUUACUAUAAACCUUAAAGUAUUUACUAAGACUACUAAAAAUGUAAUGUACACAUUAA